CCCCUCCAUUACAGACCUAUAAAUGUGUCUUCUCACACCGCUCUAAAACGCCCCAUUCUGACACGCUGCUGGUCUACUGUAAUACUGUGAUUAUUCCAGAAAUCGCUAAACUACACGUGAAGAUGUCAGACCUGGAGAACUGCCUGGGAACCAUCAUUGAGAUCUUCCAUAAAUAUUCAUCAAAAGAAGGCGACAUAUACAAACUAAAGAAAAGUGAACUCAAGGAACUGCUCACCAACGAAUUUCCGUCCCUCAUUGAGCAAGUGAAAGAUCAAGCUACAAUGGACAGUUUGAUGGAAAGCUUGGACACCGACGCCGACUCGGAAUGCGACUUUCAGGAGUUCAUGACCUUCAUCACCAUGGUUACCAUCUGUUGCCAUGAGUUUUUCAAACACCAUGAGGACGAAUGAGUCGAAUUCGGCGCUUACGUCACUAUAGUCUGAUUUCUGUAGCUUAAUAAAUAAUGAUAUAUUCCUUCUAUGAAAUUUUGCUCUUCAUAUCAUAGAAUAGUGGUUUGGUUCGGCCAGGAUACAUGUAACUUGUUUCGUGAAGGCUUGUCUUGUUUUUCGAAUGCACCUUAAAAGCAAUUGAUAUUUUAUUUUGAAUCAUUGCUCUGUUAUUUUGCCUUAAAGUUUUUUCAGAACAGGCCGAUCUGGCGCACUUGUCACUUCAGUUCCAGGCAGAUUGUGAAAUGUAUUUCUGAUUAGCUUUAGGCUAUUAGGCUGCUAUCGAUUUGUGUCUAUUGUUUGAGGCCUUAGACAAAUCACAAAUUGCUUUAAAAAGACCCACCAAAGCCACGAAUCGACUUUUUUUCAAAAUAUCUACUAAGCAACUUGUUUCACCAUCCGUUAGAGACAUUCUGCUGCCAAUCAAUCUCUUAAAAUGGAUUGUCUGUAUUAAGAAUGCCAUUGCUUCUCCAACUUUACAAACAGAGCUGAAUUUAAUGUUUUUUUUCUUGAAUGUGCAGUUGUAACCUAAACUAACAGUCGAUGUCAAGCGUAUGUUUUAUGAGAAAACUAUUGAGCCUCAUUCAUGAACCACAAGCCGAACGAUUUCCUGCGUGAGCCGUUCAUAAAUCCAUUCUUACUUUUAUUAUUGUAUCGAAUUCACCACCACCAUUUUUGCGGGAAUGGUUUCGAAAACUGCUCACAGAGAAUUUUGUUUUGCUCAUGAAAAAGGCCCACGGUUCCAGCAAAGUCUUACAAAAAGGUCAACAAAUUUCAAGAUUCAUAAGUUUGCAGGCCUGAAUGUUAGAAUGGAAAACUAGCUGAAUAAAAUUGUGAAAUUGAAACAUAA